AUGUCACACCCAAGAAGUGAUGCCCUACUCAAUUUAAAAUGUUUAAAAAGAGAGGAGCGCUCCCUUGGAGUGCCACAGUGCGGUCUCUACCGCACCAAAACCGCAAUGAGAGGACGUUUGAAAAGUGGGCCAAAGGCGAGAAACGGGCCAAAACACAAGCGCCAUCUUGGAGGACCGCUCCUUUGCAUCGGCGAUCUGUUGAGUGACGUCGGAGAAGAAGACACCACCACCACCACCACGGAUGAGAUUAUACGUAACAGCCACCGUCAUAGUUCCGUCGAAGAUGCUGAUCUUGCGAAUCAGCGUAUUCAACCUUCUGAUCUUACCAAACUAUAUCAGGAAAGUUACAAAUGCUUGAAUGAUGCACUUAGUGGUACAUCCCACUCAUGGACAACUCUUACACUCGAGCUAUGUUUGGCGCUAGAAACCACAAACAAGUUGAUUCAAUCGAGUGACUCGCGUGCUUUAGAGGCAUUGGAGAAGAUUCGGGAGCUUGAGAGGAUUACCAAGAAGGGAAAUUCCGUAAUUAAAGAAGCUGAAUUCAUCCACAAUGCCAUGAAGGACCACUCGAGUCCAAAUGCGCAUGAUUGA